AUUACUACAUUAUGCUUUACUCAUGACAGGUAAGAUACAAGACGGAAGUAAUGGAGAUGUAGCUGCUGAUGAAUAUCAUCAUUAUAAGGAAGAUGUUGAGGCCUUGAAGGAUAUGAACAUGGAUGCUUAUAGAUUCUCAAUCUCUUGGUCCAGAAUACUCCCAAAGGGAAGACUUAAUGGAGGUGUUAACAAGGAAGGAGUAAAUUAUUAUAAUAACCUCAUCAAUGAGCUGCUAGCCAAAGAUAUUCAACCCUUUGUGACAAUUUUUCAUUGGGACCUUCCUCAGGCUUUAGAAGAUGAAUAUGGAGGCUUCUUAAGCCCUGAGAUAGUCGAAAAUACAAACCAAACGCACCAGUCUCAUUGGAUUACGAUGAAUGAGCCGUGGUCCUUCAGCUAUCGAGCCUAUGCAACAGGAAAGUUUGCACCAGGAAGAUGUUCAGCCUGGCAGAACCUUAGCUGCACCGGUGGAGAUUCAGGCACUGAGCCCUAUAUGGUGACACACCAUCUGCUACUAGCUCAUGCAGCUGCUGUUAACAUCUACAAGACUAAGUAUCAGGCAUCUCAGAAGGGCUUAAUAGGAAUAGCACUGUUUUGUUUCUGGAUGGUGCCAUUACAUGAUACAGAAUUGGAUCAUCAUGCUGCACAGAGAGCCCUUGAUUUCAUGCUUGGAUGGUUUAUGGAGCCAAUAACAAAAGGAGACUACCCAAGUUCCAUGCAGCUUCUGGUGGGAAAUAGGUUGCCAAAGUUCUCUUUAUAUCAAUCAGGGAUUUUAAGAGGGUCCUUUGAUUUUAUUGGAUUAAACUACUACACCUCCUUUUAUGCUGCUGAUGCACCAGAACUAAGUAAAGCAAAGCCUAGCUAUCUUACAGAUUCUCUAGUUACUCUUACAAAUGAGUGUGAUGGAAUACCUAUUGGUCCAAAGGGUGCUUCAGACUGGUUGUCAGUUUAUCCAAAAGGAAUUCGCGACCUUUUGUUCUAUUUCAAAUCAAAUUACGACAAUCCGUUGAUCUACAUCACUGAAAAUGGCAUAGAUGAACUCAAUGAUCCAACACUUGCACUUGAGGAAGCCCUUGCAGACCAAACAAGAAUAGAUUACUAUUAUAGUCACCUACAAUAUAUUCAGACUGCAAUCAAGGAAGGUGUAAAUGUAAAAGGAUAUUUUGCAUGGUCAUUUAUUGACGACUUUGAAUGGGAUGCUGGCUACACUGUGAGGUUUGGAAUCUACUUUACUGAUUUCAAAAAUGGCCUGAAAAGACAUCCAAAACAGUCAGCUCUUUGGUUUAAGAAUUUACUACAACGUGAAGUACCUACACAUGGUGAUUCGCGCUAAGAACAUGAACAAUUCAUUUAUAAUGUGUCUUAGAUAAAUAUCAACUCGAUUAUGCUACGUGUAUACCAAAGUCAAGCACAGUACAAAAUACAUGUUGGAAUAUAAAUACACAUAAAAAUAAA